CGCGGGAGGCGAUUCCUUCUGGGAAAGCCCGGGCCGGCCUGAAGAAAGUGCCUUUUCCCGGCUCGGGCCUUCCCGAUCCGCCAUGGGCCCUAGCAAACUGCAUACACAGCUGCAGUUCAACAGGAAUGUGCCCUCGAUCCCAGACAACCUGGCCAUCAGGUACUCCGGCCCCCGUCCCAUCAUCAUUGAGAAGCUGAGGCCCCCAGGCAGAGCCAGUGCCCCGGAGCUCCUGGAGGGGUCCGAUCCCCAGGCCUCAGUCCCUUUUUCGGUGGUAUCAGAAGAAAAGCUGAACGUGGCUGUGCACCUGGCCAGAAGAGAUGUCAGGAGGAAGCAGCUGGAGAGCCUGGUGACGGAGGCCCAUGCACCUCGCUUCCCCCAGGGGCAGUCCCGGGGCAUCCCCAAGUCCAACCUGAGGAGGAACGAGCUGACCAAGAAACCUCGGGGCCCUUUCCCGGCCAGGCAACACUCCUCCCAGGUGGAGGUGGCUGCUCCCAGGCCCAAAGUCCCCCUAGCCCCUUGUCCGGAGAUGUGCUCUCAGUCCAAUUCACCACCCACACGGGACCCGGGCCCUCAGGUGUGUGCCCAACCGGCCGUGGAAUCCCGGAGCAUGCUCGAGCUCCGUCGGCUGCAGAAAGAGCUGAGUGCCUGUAUCCAAAGGAUGGAAAAGGUGGCCGCCAAAGAUGGACUGGAGGAAGAUCUAGAACCAGAUAAAGCUGAGCGAAGUCGAGUGCGCAGGCAAGAACAGACUAUCCGUACAGCCCGUGUACUCUAUGGGCUCCAGCAGCAGGUGAAAGAAAUCCAGGAGGAGCUGGAUAAAUUGGGCCCGCAUGAAAUUAAGCACACGAAGAAGUCCAGAGCAAUGUCGCGAUUGGCAGCCGCCCACCGUGGAGCCAUCAGGGCCCUGCAGACCUUUGUCAAGCAGUUCACGGAUUCCCGGGGACGGGCAGUUUCUGAGCGCUACCGAGAGCUGGGCACUCUCAUUCGGCAGCUUUCCCUUUGUUCCGCCAAACUGGACAACGAUCCUUCUGUCCCUGAUGUGGUCCUGGAGCUCCUUCAGCAAAUUGAGGAGCUGGAUUCUCUCCUGGAUAAGAAACCGUCCCUCGGAAAGGUAAAGAAAUGCUUUCCUGGAAAUCGAAGCCAGUCUCCGUUGCGUUUCCCAGUGGCCUUAGAGAGGUCGUUGAGCGCGUCGCCAGUGAGAGAAAGGAAGCCCUGUGUGGCGAAGGAGAAGCUCUCCCAGGAGGGGAGAUGGCCUGGUGCAAGAAGGCUCCUGGAGGACGAGCACGUGUCUUUCAUGCUGGCUCCCCAGCCGUGCCAGCUGGCGGGCGAGGGGCCAGAGGGCCAGCCCGAAGAGGACCGCGCCUCCUCCCAGCAGGACGUCGUUCUGAGACCCAGGCCGGUGCCGAGAGUGAGGACGAAGCGGCCGCUGACCGCCAGCGGGCUCCUGCAGAGGCACAGCGUCGGGCCAGCCACCAAGUCACAGCAGCCCCGAUCGCCCGCGGGUGGCCCCGUCACCAUGCGUCCCCAGCGGAGGGGCACCCGGCAGCGGGACCGAGCCCGAGGCGCAGAGCCUUUGUUUCCCCGGGACGACACAGACGUGCCACGCUUGGCCGCACGCUUGGGAACAAGGUGA